ACUCGGUCACCAGAGCUGAACCUCAGCAGAGAUAGCAGCAAGCAGGCAUUUCCACGCCGCGCAGGCUAACUCGCUUUCGGCUUUGGUUCGAGAUGGAGACUCGUUGGACCAUGAGGAGCUCCAGCGCCCACAACUUUAAGAGUGGACUGUCCCUGUGGCUGAUUCUGUGGCUGGUAGUGGUGAAGCCAGGCGGGGUGGCCGCAUGCCCCAGACUGUGUGUGUGUUACCCCACGCCCAUGACGGUCAGCUGCCAGUCCCAGAACCUCACCAUAGUGCCGGCCGGUGUGCCCUAUGACUCACAACGAGUUUUCCUGCAGAACAACCGCAUCACAGAGCUUCGCGCAGACUCCUUUGGCUUCGAGACACAGGUGCUUUGGCUAUACGGCAACAACAUCACGUGGAUUGAGGCCGGGGCCUUCAGCAACCUCAGGGUGCUGGAGGAGCUGGAUCUGGGCGAUAACCCCUCACUGCGGCGCCUGGAAGGUGGAGCUUUCAGGGGGCUGGAGAAGCUGCAGAGCUUGCACAUGCACCGCUGCAAGCUGGCCGCUCUCCCCCAUGACCUCUUCCACAAGCUUUACAGCCUACAGUUUCUCUACCUGCAGGAGAAUCAACUCCACUUUCUGCAGGAUGACCUUUUCUCAGAUCUGGUGAACCUCACUCAUCUCUUCCUGCAUGGAAACCGCAUCCGCACCCUCACAGAGAAUGUGUUCAGAGGUCUGGUCAACCUGGACCGCCUCCUUCUCCAUGACAACCGCAUCAGGCAAGUCAACCGCCGUGCUUUCCGUGACCUGGGCCGCUUGACCAUCCUUUACCUGUUCAACAACUCCCUGGCUGAGCUGCCAGGCCAGACCAUGAAAGAUGUCCAGGGCAUCCAGUUCCUCCGCCUGAAUGGUAACCCCUGGUCCUGCGGCUGCGAGGCUCGCCCCCUCUGGGAGUGGUUCCGCAAGGCCCGCAUCUCCUCCUCUGAGCUCAUGUGCACCUCCCCAUCCCAACGCCGUGGCCAGGACCUCAGAUUCCUCCGGGAGCUGGACUUCGCCCUCUGCCCUCUCCCUGACCCUGGCUCUCUGGCUGGAACCACCACUACCACCUUCAGCACCAAGACCCGCUGGUGGUUCUCCAAGCACAAGCCUGCAUCUUCGUCCAAGGCCUUGUACCAGAAGAGCACAGAGACAGCGAAGGCCUUCCCUUUCUCCGCUGUCAAGCCUCAGUACAUCCCCAAAACCCCCGUCGAAACCUUCCCCUCCAAGUACGAACUGUCGGAGGAUGAGGUGGCACUCCCCAAACUGGACCCAGAAGAAUACUGGGCCAACUACGGCAACGAAGACUCCUCAAUCCGCUGCUUCGAGUUGGAGUGCCCCACAAGCUAUGACAACCCAGCCUUCCCCACAUCUUCCUUCUCACCCAUCACCCCAUCCUUCCUACACCUCUUUUGCCUCUCCAUAGUCACGUUCUCCCUUCAUUUCCUUUUUGGCUGAACUCUUUGCUCCUUUUCACCCUUUGCCUCCUCUGAUUUCUCCCCCUGCUCUUUCCAACUCUAACACAAAACCUGGAUCUUGAUUCCUUUCAGUUACCUCCUCCGGGUGCAGGGGGUGCUACACUGACACAGGAGACAGGCGAAGCAGCAGGGAGCUGUUUUAAAGAACAGAGAUCAGUUGAGCUGAUGUAGAGCAGGACAGGAUUUCAUUGUUGAAGUAGCUGCUGCUUACCAGCUCAGGCUUUUAAAAAAGCAGGG